CGCAGAGAACUGGGAAGACAGAACAAUCCUUUAAGGGACAACCUAGAAGCCAUUCAACAAGGUUAAAAUCUUUAGGCUUCCGAAGAUUUGGUAGACAGAUCAGAGGCACGUUUCCCACAACUGCGAAGUGGUGCUGAGGCAAUUCCACAAGAAGAUUUUGGAGUUUUGGAAAAGAAGCUAUGGAAAACGGAGGGGCAGGAACUCUGCAGAUAAGGCAAGUCCUGCUUUUCUUUGUUUUGCUGGGAAUGUCUCAGGCGGUCUCUGAAACUGGGAGUUUUUUGGUGAUGGAGGAAUUGCAGAGUGGCAGCUUUGUAGGAAAUUUGGCAAAGACCCUGGGACUGGAGGUGAGUGAGCUGUCUUCGCGGGGGGCUCAGGUGGUUUCUAAUGAUAACAAAGAGUGUUUGCAGCUGGACACAAAUACUGGAGAUUUGCUCCUGAGCGAAAUGCUAGACAGGGAGGAGCUCUGUGGCUCCAAUGAGCCUUGUGUGCUGUAUUUCCAAGUGUUAAUGAAAAACCCCACGCAGUUUUUACAAAUUGAACUCCAGGUCAGGGAUAUAAAUGAUCACUCUCCCGUCUUCUUGGAAAAAGAAAUGCUCUUAGAAAUCCCAGAGAACAGUCCUCUUGGUGCUGUGUUCUUGCUUGAAAGUGCGAAGGAUUUAGAUGUAGGAAUCAAUGCUGUAAAAAGCUACACAAUAAAUCCGAACUCUCAUUUCCACAUUAAAAUAAGAGUCAAUCCAGAUAAUAGGAAAUACCCUGAGUUAGUUCUGGACAAGGCGCUGGAUUAUGAAGAGUGCAGGGAGCUCAGUUUCAUCCUCACUGCUCUGGAUGGCGGGUCCCCUCCCAGGUCCGGAACUGCCUUGGUCAGGGUGGUGGUUGUAGAUAUUAAUGACAACUCCCCUGAGUUUGAGCAGGCUUUUUAUGAGGUGAAGAUUCCGGAGAAUAGCACCCUUGGCUCGCUGGUUGUGACAGUCUUGGCUUGGGAUUUAGACUCUGGAACAAACAGUGAACUAUCCUAUACCUUUUCCCAUGCCUCAGAAGAUAUUCGCAAGACAUUUGAAAUUAAUCAACAGUCUGGAGACAUUACUUUAACAGCACCUUUGGAUUUUGAAACGAUUGAGUCAUACUCAAUAAUCAUUCAAGCCACAGAUGGGGGAGGACUUUUUGGAAAAUCUACAGUCAGAAUUCAGGUGAUGGAUGUAAAUGACAAUGCUCCUGAAAUCACUGUGUCAUCAAUUACCAGUCCAAUCCCAGAAAGCACACCAGAGACCGUGGUUAUGGUUUUCAGGAUACGAGACAGAGACUCUGGGGACAACGGAAAGAUAGUUUGUUCUGUCCCGGAAGACAUCCCAUUCGUGCUAAAAUCUUCUGUAAAUAAUUACUACACUUUGGAAACAGAGAGACCACUGGACAGAGAGAGCAGAGCCGAGUACAACAUUACCAUCACCGUCACCGACUUGGGGACACCCAGGCUGAAAACCGAGUACAACAUAACCGUGCUGGUCUCCGACGUCAAUGACAACGCCCCCGCCUUCACCCAAACCUCCUACACCAUGUUCGUCCGCGAGAACAACAGCCCCGCCCUGCACAUCGGCAGCAUCAGCGCCACAGACAGAGACUCAGGCACCAACGCCCAGGUCACCUACUCGCUGCUGCCACCCCAGGACCCGCACCUACCCCUCGCCUCCCUGGUAUCCAUCAACACAGACAACGGCCACGUGUUCGCCCUCCGGUCGCUGGACUACGAGGCCCUGCAGGAGUUCGAGUUCCGCGUGGGCGCCACAGACCGCGGCUCCCCGGCGCUGAGCAGCGAGGCACUGGUGCGCGUGCUUGUGCUGGACGCCAACGAUAACUCGCCCUUCGUACUGUACCCGCUGCAGAACGGCUCCGCGCCCUGCACAGAGCUGGUGCCCCGGGCGGCGGAGCCGGGCUAUCUGGUGACCAAGGUGGUAGCGGUGGACGGCGACUCUGGCCAGAAUUCCUGGCUGUCGUACCAGCUGCUCAAGGCCACGGAGCCUGGGCUGUUCGGCGUGUGGGCGCACAAUGGCGAGGUGCGCACCGCCAGGCUGCUGAGCGAGCGCGACGCGGCCAAGCACAGGCUGGUGGUGCUGGUCAAGGACAAUGGCGAGCCUCCACGCUCGGCCACCACCACGCUGCACGUGCUCCUGGUGGACGGCUUCUCCCAGCCCUACCUGCCUCUCCCAGAGACGGCCCCGGCCCAGGCCCAGGCCGACUCACUCACCGUCCACCUGGUGGUGUCAUUGGCCUCGGUGUCGUCGCUGUUCCUCUUGUCGGUGCUCCUGUUCGUGGCGGUGCGGCUGUGCAGGAGGAGCAGGGCAGCCUCUGUGGGUCGCUGCUCGGUGCCCGAGGGCCCCUUUCCAGGGCAUCUGGUAGACGUGAACAGCACCGGGACCCUGUCCCAGAGCUACCAGUAUGAGGUGUGUGUGACUGGAGGCUCCGGGACAAAUGAGUUCAAAUUUCUGAAACCAAUUAUCCCCAACUUCCUACCCCACAGCACACGUAGGGAAGUUGAAGAAAACCCCCCGUUUCAGAAUAAUUUGGUUUUCUGAUAAAGAAUGAAAAAUAAAUCCUGUGUUUAUGAAUACAUUUAUAAUUAGGAAUUUAUUGUAAGGUGCCCGUAAAGUAGUAUUUUUGAUCACUUCAAAUAUGUACUCUUUAAGUCAAGAAAUUUCUUUACAUAGGAAAGGAUCCAGAUUUAGUAUCAAGAACCCUUCACAAAGCAUGAAAUGUAUAUGUGUAAUGUUUUAUGUCAAACAAUUAUGCUUAAUAUAAAGUCUAUUAAAUGGUAAGUCUUGUUUGAGAUAUUUUAAAUUGCUUUCCAUUGUUUUCAAUAUUUACCAUGACUUUCGUUUUCUGAGUUGAUUAGAAUGCUGUUCGAGUAUACUACCUUAGUUUCAGAAGCAUAGAUUGUAGUGUACCUUUUUAGACCUUAUUUUUUUAAAACACUCGUUUUAUGGAUCAUACACUAUUUUCACACUUUUAAUCUCAGAAGAAACAUAUGUGGCAUGGUAUUUUAGGAAUGACCAAAUAGAUGGUCUCAGAGAUUCAGUAAGAUCACCAAGGUCCGCUAACUAAUAAGUGACAAAACUGAGCAUCCAUCCUCGAUCUGUCUGACUCUGAGUCAGUGGCUUUGCUCCAAUUCCAUACUGUUUUCUGUCAUUAGAUAUCACCUGGCAAGUUUCUGCCUAACUAAAGAGAAGAAAUGUUUUUAUCACAUUCAUACUACUGUUCAGUCUUUAUUUAGAAAUAAUCUUUAUCUAUGAUUUCAUUUUCUCAUAAACCAAUAAUCUUGCUUUUCUGGGUAAAUUUUCAGCUAUUAUUACUAAUGCUGUGAUCUGUCUAAAUCUCAAGUAAAAAACAAAAUUGAAAGAGCAA